AUGGCGGCUAAUAUUCCGGCCAGCUUGAAAGCUGCAGAUAUCGGGCGCUUUGCCAUCAGGGCGGCCCAAGUCGAGCGAGCCAAGCCCGUGAUUGCUUAUUGGUGUAACUACUGGAUUGUCAAUCAGAUCAUCACGAAAGGCCUUCAUAAUUCCGAUGAGGAAGCCGUGCAGUUCACCACGAAGCUAAUGGACAAACUUGAGCAAUUCAAAAACGAAAACGCCGACAAUGAUGCUGUCACAGAUAAUGUCGCGGCUCAGGCAUAUGUCGAACAGUUCGGGUUAGAAGUCUUUAAUCGCGCAGACAAUGCUGUACGAGCCAACAAGGCUACCAAGCAAACUGCAGAUACCUUCCAGGCUGCUGCGACAUUCCUCGAACUUUGCCAGAUCUGGGGUCAGCUUGAUCCGGACAUUGCUUCCAAGAUCAAGUUUGCGAAGUACCACGCGGUUAGGAUUGCAAAGGCUAUCAAGAACGGAGAAGAUCCAAAUCUCUCGAACCCCGUUUCUGCAAAGGAGACUAAAGGUCCAGAGUCGACGACUCUUGAUCCGAAUGACCCAGAAGUUCAGGCGCUUCAGGGCAAAGACACAACGUCUGGGACGAAAGCGCGGCAGCCGUCUGUCGAAGAGGUUCCCGACGAGUCGGAUCGCAUUGAACCGCGGCUGGCCCAACAAUCUAUUCUCGAUGAAUCUCUUCACCCGUCGAGAUCGUCUUCAGUUCCACCUUAUCCAUCACCUUCUGCUACUCCUCCUCCUUCGGCUCCUCCCUCACAAGUUCAACCAGACCCGGUGUCGCAGCCUCCUGCUCCAGAUCUUCCAUCGGCGCCUUCAGACUUCACACUGCCACAAGCUCCUCCAAAACUCCCAGAUGCGCCUGGAGCGGAGGGCCCUGGCGGGCCAAGUUUCUCAAUUCCUCGUGAUACAUUCCAGUCAUUUCCUCCACCAUCGACGGCUCAACCACCAGAUGUCUCCAAUCUUCCUCAAUCUCCCACAACAUUUUAUACCCAACCCAGUGCGGCGGCACCACCUCCAGUCCCUCCAACGUUACCUCCCAAAUCCACCACUAGUCAGCCAGCUCCGGCCAGACAGGCUGCGCCCGCGGCCGCAGCGUCUUCCAGUGCGACAGCGUCGCAGGAAGUUGAUGACCAGGCCAUUUUACUGGCCCAGAAACAUGCUCGCUGGGCUGUAUCAGCCUUGAGCUUCGAUGAUGUAAAUACAGCCAUUAAGGAACUAAGAAAUGCCUUAAGAUACCUGGGAGCGGAGUGA